CCAUAACUUGCAGAGUCCACUGCUCCAAACGGCGACCAUUCAUCUGUCUUCCAUACUUCACAGCACCGCCGUCUCCUGCAUCCUUCCCACCUUCGAAAGCACUCCUAACCUCGCCACCAACUACCGCUUCCUCUCACCGUCCCUCCCCCGCAGUUUCCAACUGUAGAAGCACGACGCUCCCGGAGUCAUAACAAACACACUGUUACCGAAACUAAGUAGAUUCUCUCUCUCUCUCUCUCUCUCUCUCUCUCUCUCUCUCUCUUACUCUGUUCUUCCAUUUUCAACUGGAAAAAACAACUGAUUGUGUUACUUGAAAGUGCUCAUAACAUGCCUUGGGGGGCUCGUGGAAAUCACCAACCCAGUGCUAAUGGCAACGACAACGGAAAAUUCUCCAAUGCAAAUCGGAAUAGGCAAAACCAUUCUUCUCCCUGGAAACAAAAGAUUGUGCAACAGAGGAAGUCUCUUCCUAUUGCUUCGGUUGAGAAGAGAUUAAUUGAAGAGGUUCGGAAGAACGAUAUUUUGAUUAUUGUCGGUGAAACUGGAAGUGGGAAAACUACACAGAUUCCACAGUUUUUAUUUGAUGCUGAAUUUUGCCGCGACGGAAAAGUUAUUGGAAUAACUCAGCCUAGACGUGUUGCUGCUGUCACUGUGGCCAAACGAGUUGCUGACGAAUGUGGUGUUGAGUUGGGCCAAAAGGUUGGGUACUCUGUUAGAUUUGAUGAUUCUACUUCAAACUCAACAAGGAUCAAGUAUAUGACAGAUGGAUUGCUUCUGAGGGAAGCAUUACUGGAUCAGUAUCUUUCUAAGUAUUCUGUUAUAAUUGUUGAUGAAGCACAUGAGAGAACCGUGCACACUGAUGUCUUGUUGGGAUUGCUAAAACGUGUGCAAGUUGCUCGUUCAAAUUCUAUCGGUGAUGGUCGGAACCUUAAUAAUGGGAAUAAGAGUUCUCCGUUGAAGCUAAUCAUCAUGUCUGCAAGUCUUGAUGCUCGCACUUUCUCUGAGUACUUUGGUGAUGCCAAAGCUGUUCACAUCCAAGGGAGACAGUUUCCUGUGGAUUUAUUUUAUACUCGUCUUCCAGAAACUGAUUAUUUAGAUGCUGCCUUGAUAACGAUUUUCCAGGUUCAUCUAGGCGAGGCCCCUGGUGAUAUACUAGUAUUUCUGACCGGGCAAGAGGAGAUUGAAGCUGUUGAAAGGCUUAUCAAUGAGCGACUUACAAAGUUACCUGAAGGAAGUCAGAAGCUUCUACCUGUGCCUAUAUUUGCAGCUCUUCCAUCUGAGCAGCAAAUGCGAGCCUUUUCACCGGCUCCAUCUGGAUUUCGCAAGGUGAUAUUGGCAACUAAUAUUGCUGAGACGUCAAUUACGAUUCCUGGAAUCAAGUAUGUAAUUGAUCCUGGACUUGUAAAAGCGCGUUCCUAUGAUCCUGGAAAAGGCAUGGAAUCUUUGAUCGUAGUACCUACAUCCAAGUCCCAGGCACUGCAAAGAAGUGGACGUGCAGGGCGUGAAGGACCUGGAAAAUGCUUUCGUCUAUAUCCAGAAAAUGAAUUCGAGAAACUUGAGGACUCUACAAUGCCAGAAAUUAAGCGUUGCAACCUUGCUAACGUGAUUUUGCAGCUUAAGGCUUUGGGUGUUGACGACAUAUUAGGAUUUGAUUUCAUUGAGAAACCUUCAAGGACAGCUAUUGUAAAAUCACUGGAGCAGCUAUUUUUAUUAGGUGCUUUAACAGAUGACUGUCAACUAUCUGAUCCAGUUGGAUGGCAAAUGGCUCGACUACCCUUGGAUCCUAUUUAUUCCAAAGCUCUUAUUUUAGCUAGUGAGUAUGACUGCUUGGAAGAAAUGUUGAUAACUGUUGCAAUGCUUUCUGUGGAAUCAAUAUUUUAUACUCCGCGUGACCAGUAUGAAGAGGUAAGAGCUGCCACUAAAUGCUUCGCAAGUCCAGAGGGAGACCAUAUUACUUUGAUUAAUGUGUAUAGAGCAGCUAUUGAAUUAUUGCAGAAGAGAACAUUGGACACGAAUAAAGCAAAAAGCGAAAAAGUUUUACGAAAAUGGUGCAAAGAAAAUUUUAUCAAUAGCCGUUCUCUUAGACAUGCUCGUGACAUUCAUAGGCAGAUAAAAGGACAUGCUCAACAAAUGGGUCUGAAACUUGCUUCUUGUGGAGAUGAUAUGCUUCAAUUUCGCAGAUGCCUUGUUGCUUCCUUUUUCCUCAAUGCAGCUGUGAAGCAGCCAGAUGGAACCUACAGGGCUUUGGCAAGUGGUGAAGUGGUGCAGAUCCACCCUUCUUCUGUAUUGUUCCGGAAAAAACCAGAGUGCAUUAUAUUUAACGAACUGAUCCAAACUACUAACAAGUAUGUUCGCAAUUUAACCAGAGUUGACCACCUCUGGUUAACUGAACUGGCUCCUAAGUUUUAUGCCAUGCAGAAUUAAGUUCUUGAUGGGGCUAAUAGGAAACAGGUAAUUAAGAUUAUUGUUAUUGUGAUAUAUUGUUAUUUUUGGUCUUGACCCUGUUGGGUGGUUUUGUAUAUGUAUAUUAUGAGCAAAUUUGAUUUUGCAUCCAUAAUUUCAUGUAAUCUUCUAUUAUUGAUCUGAAUGUAAGAAAAAUCAUCUUAACUAUUAUUACUCACCAA